UUUGACGCAGGUAAAAAGUAGUGAGGAUGAGACGUUUGCCCAAACCGGAAGAAGGAAAACAACAAAAACAUUGAUCAAAUCCUCAUUUGUUAGAUUAGUUUCAGUCGGGAUCAGAACAGGACGUUUUUACAACUUUUUCACGGUUUGGGGGAAGAGUUUUGACGGUUCAAGGGAGUGAACACAGCGGCCGCAGCCCCCGCAAUCGAGCGGCGUCGGUGCUUUGACGCACACGCGGGAGGCGGGGGACUUACUGGUGGGAGAGCUGUCACCACCAGAGCUGAGGCUAACAGGCUAGGUGUUAGCACAAUAUGCUUACAGAUGACUAAAUACACGGGGAAAACCGAAUGUUGAUUAGCGGCCGCCAUAAAAACAAAUAACAAAAAUACUUGAGUUGCGUUCGAAGAUGUACCCCAAGAUCCUACGGGAAAGAAGAUUUGGAUUUCUGGCUGGUUUAGCAUAGCAUGGCAACACGCAGAAGAAAACAUCUCGAUCGACGUCCGCAUACAAACAUGCUAAAGUGAACACAUAUAACACAUGGACCUCUAUUAGAUUCGCAAAUACCUCCACGCGUUACUUUUUUGUUUUCGGUGAGAGUGGGUCGUAGUUUGCCGCGUCUUUUGUGAAUUUAUUUCGUUAACUUUGGCAUUUUCGGAGUUUGGGUGUUAGCAUGGACGCUGCGGAGCCCAGCAACGGCGCCUCGCAGCGCUUACAUAACAGCCGCAAGUCCGCGGACAAGCUGCCGCUCUGACAGCCGCAAACACGGACACGCAUACACACAAAUACACACCCAAACAAACUGCAAGGGGAGAAGAAGAGGAACGACACAUUACAAUAUGGAGGAGCUUUGAGGUGACUGGUGUCCACGUAACAACGACAACAACAACUAGAGCGGUUUAACAUGGACUCCAAUCCGCUCAUCAACGCCAUGGACCCAUCCAUCACGCUCUGGCAGUUUUUGCUCCACCUGCUGGAUGACCAGCGCCAGCGUCACUUGAUCUCAUGGACCGGCGAGGAUGGCGAGUUCAAGCUGCUAGACGCCGAAGAAGUGGCUCGACUAUGGGGGCUGCGCAAGAACAAACACAAUAUGAACUACGACAAACUCAGCCGUGCACUCAGAUACUACUAUGAUAAGAACAUCAUCAAGAAGGUGAGUGGACAGAAAUUCGUGUACAGGUUUGUGAGCCAACCUGACCCGUCCCUGCCUGACGGGACUCACGCACCUGAAGACGGCCAGAGGCGAGACAACCUUGAUGUCAACAGCCAAUCAAAAACCUGUCUAUCCAAGAAUGUAGCACAGAAGUCGUCGCCCAGUAACUCACAAAAGAGCUCUCGAAACGACUACAUGAAGUCGGGCCUCUACUCCACCUUCACCAUCCAGUCGCUUCAGGCCGCGCCGAACCCUCGGCCCGUCAAAGCGGAACUGCUGCUUGAGCCUGUUCCCAAGCUAGACCGUGCGCCUAGAGAGGUUUCCUCUCCAUCAGUGGUCAGUGAUCCAGCUCGCCAGGUGAUCGUUCCUCAUCCAUCCCCGUGUCCCACUCCUGUUGUUAGCCCCCAGACAGUUGCCAACCCUCCCAGCCAGUCACAGAAUCCCCCUGUGCCUCCUCUAAGCGAUCAUCCCCACAUUUACCUCACCAGCGUCAGGGACCCAUCCUCCCUCAACCCCCUCCUCCCACUGGCACCCGUCGGGGGUUCGUUGAGUCCCGUCCAGCCUCUGCACGCAUCCGUCGGCCCCCAGACACCACCGCAGGAAGAUGGCGGAGGAUUGGCCAGCGUCGCUGGCUUCCCUCCCCACCAGACUCCCUCUCAGCCUGUCUUGGUCAUCAUCAACCCUCCCCCCUUACAACAGCAGCAGUGCGGCACCGUGUCGUCCACUCCUCCCUCUGUUGUACCAUCCAUAGCACGACCGCCCCCGCUGCCCAUUGUGAUCAAGAAGGAGACCCUGCCAUCAGAGGAGGCGCUCUUGGAGAUUGUAACGAUGGAGGAGAAACAGGUGGAGGAGCUUCCUCAACUAAUUUGUGGCACGGGUGACCCACAAACAUCGAUCACCAUCGUUGAUGCUACGCCUCCGCCUAGCGUCCAAUCCAAGGAGGGGAGACCAGAGGAAGAAGGAAAGGACACACAAACAGACAUACAAACAGACUCAUCCGUGCCCGUGGUGACGUCACCAAUCUCCACUUCAGAUGUAAUUCCUCCCAAACCGAAGAAGCCUCGAGGCUUGGAGCUACCAUCCCUUCCCCCAGGCCUCUCCCUCGAUAAGGUCAACGCUGCUGUCAACAGUUUGCUAGCGCCCGGGUCUGCCACCAACACACUGACGCCCACUGUCAUCACCUCGCAUGCGCUGACACCCGUCCUGUUAACUCCCAGUCCACUUCCCUCCACCAUCCACUUCUGGAGCACGCUCAGUCCUAUCGCGCCUCGCUCGCCAGCCAAGCUGUCCUUCCAGUUCCCGACAAAUGGCAGUAACCAGAUUCACAUCCCGGCGCUGAGUGUUGAUGGUCUUUCCACCCCAGUGGUUCUGUCCCCUGGUCCCCAGAAGCCCUGAACGUUACGUUUGCACAUCAAAAGGCUUCUCUGUUAUUUGCCCCGCGUGCAAGAGGUUAUGGUGUAGCAAUCACCCGUCGUGAUGUGAACGCCUUCCGUUUGGAUUGACCCUACAUUCGGAAGAUACCUAGAAUGUUUUCUGUUGGCGAAGAGGAAAAUAUUUUUUUCCAUGGAACGAUAAAGCUCCUCCUUCUCAUUAAUAUUGUUGAGAGGGAGUGCUCUUUUCUACUUAUUUAUUCCCCUGUGAGCUGACGUCAUCUUUUAAUAACAAUUGAUUCUUCAACCUUUUUUGCGGGAGUUAUUUUAGGCCACACCUUGCUGCUGUGGUGCUAUUGGACACCAGGAUGACAACAAUCAUGGCGACAAUGACCACAUUUUCUUGUUGAAAGACAUUUUUCAUUUUGGGGAGUCUGCACCCAUUCCUCAAGGGUCGCCGCUGGGCUCUUUGCUGGUGUCAUUCCAUCUGCGGGUUUGUUAGGUGCCCCCAGUGGAUGAUGCUUGCCGCUGCACCUUCUCAACUCCGCGGUGUCCUUGCAUACCUGACAACGAAUUUGACCAAAAAAGGGUUAAACAUGACGCUUGGUGUGUCUGUGGUGUGCUUGAACGCAUCACAGAGGACAGAAGAGCAUGUCUUUGUUUAUUAUGAUGCUCGCAUAGUCGCCACGGCAACCCGACAUUGACUGUUGUGUUUCCAUAUGUGUGUACACACGCACAGCUGGAACAUUUUGGACUCUGAGUGACAUUCUGACUGUUUAUUUCAGCCCUUUGGGCAUGGAACCCUGAUGCCCUCUGCGUGUGUUGAUUGGAUGAAAAAGAAAAAAAAAAGAAAUGGAAAGCCUCUAAAUCAGGGAUGGGAAAGUGUAAGUUGGCCUGGCCACAACCACUCUGUUCUUUUAUCGGACCACCAAGCAUUUAUAUAAGAGUCCUGGAAUAUUUGGUGCAUUUAUUUAGCUUUUUUUCUCCCACCUAUAUUUUGUUAAUUGUAUUGUAUAUAUUCAUUUGUAUCUGUUGUAUUGCUUUAUCUCAUUCAAUUUGUAAUACAAAACUUUUAAUCAUAUAUUAAUGAAUUUAAUAAUAUAAUAGAAAUUUACGAAUUAUUUAAAUAUUUUGAAUAUACGUACAUUAAUACAAUAAAGAUUCAUUCGAAAUAGUUUCAAAAUAGGGUUAAAAAAUGUUUGUACCUUAGCUGGUCCAUCUGUCAAUCGCUCGGUUUUGCUCCCUUCCGCUUAAAAGCAUGUGCGUCUUUGUCCCCAAAAUGAAGCUGCCAAAGAUGUCCAAUUCGAGCCAAGUGCAGUUUUUGCCCCAACUGCGAGGGAGACUGGUUUUGUCUCGCAUUUUCUUGAACGCAGCAUGAAGCCAUUGCGUUCGACUGUUGUAUUUUUCUAGCAGAGAGCCGCUGCUUUAUUUUGUCUAUGGAAGAGAAGAGGAAUACUUUGAAAAAAAAAAAAUAGCCUUAAAGACAUAAUCGGAGACAGAGGGAUGUGACGUCAAGGAUUUGUCCAUUUCCCAGUGGGCAUGCCCUAAACCAAGCCAUUUAUUGCAAAAUGUUUUGGACACCAUUUUCCUUUCACCAGCAGAACAGGAAGAAUGUUUUUAUACAGAUGACGUCACUUAGGAGCCUCUUCAGGAUUGGCUGUUUGGGUCUCAUUUGUGCUAUAACAUGUUUACUUGUAGGGUGGAGGUGCUUCAGAAAUUAAGACCUUUUCUCCAGUCUUUUGUGUACAGAGAUGAAAGUGUUAGUGUUGUGUAUGCACAGGGGAGAAAUGUAUAAAGUUGGAGCUAUUUGUGUCAGAUCCUGUUUGAUCUUCGCCCUUCCUUGUCUAACAUUGGAUGAGGAGUUUAUUGAUGGAAAAGCGGGGAGAAUUUAUUUUUUCUGAGACUAGUUAUUCGUCUAUACUGGAAAUAUAAAGAAAACAAAUUAUUUUGUAUGGGAUGUCCCCCCGCUUGUGUUUGUUAAUGUUGUACAGAUGUUUUUUAUGACAUGUACAAAAACACGCACACACGUGGGUAAAAUGUAAUAAAAGUGUCAAAUCCAAA